AUGACGCCCCGCCCGGUCGCCCCUGGCGCGCACUCUGGCGCGGACCGAGUGGUCCCGGGCGUGGUGUGCUUGCGCUGCCGCGCCGAUUGCGUCGAGCUCGAGCUCGAGGGGGGCGGGCUGGAGCGCUGGUCUCCCGCCAGCGCGGAGCCUGGCCUCCUCGCGGGCGCGGGGUGCGCCUUCUGGCGCGGCGGGGCCGACGCGCCGCUGGCGUGGAGCGCGCUGGCUGCCGAGCUCGGGCGGCUGUCCGCAGACGCGGACGCGUACGGUGGCCUGGUGGCCAGGCUGCACGGGUUCUUCUGGUUCGUGCACGUGCGGGGCCUGGGCCCUGCGGGGCCGUUGUGCCUGCUGGCGGCCACGGACGCCGUGGGCCUCAUGCCCUUGUGGCUGAGCGCGGACGCCGAGGCGUGCGCGGCCUCGCCGCACAGAUGUGCCGCGGCGGCCAGCGGGGUGGGCGCCGCGGCCGCCCAGAUGUGUCCACGGGUGGUGCGCAGCUGGACGCCAGGUCAUGGCGGGCUGUCGGCGUCGCGGCCCAGGUCCUUCCACGGGCUGCACUCGCCGCUGGGGGCGGCACGCGCCGCGACCUGCGAGGCAGCGCUGAGAGAUGUGGGCGUCGAGACCGCGAAUGCAGACCCAGCGGGCGCAAUGCCACGGGCGCUUGGCGGCAGAGGAGGCGGAGACGGGCUCUUGUCUGAGGUGGUGUCCUUGCUGGAGAGCUCGCUCAGGCGGUGUAUUCCAAGGGGCGCUCAGCGGGUCGGCGUGCUCUUCUCUGGCGGCCUGGACUCCAGUCUGCUGGCCUGGCUUUGCACCCAGGGCCGCGCUUGGCCCGAGUGCAAGUUCGUCUGCUACACGGUCGGGUUCCACGACAGCCCACGCCACGCGUACCCCGAGGACUUGUCUGCUGCCAGUGCAGCUGCCGAGAUCAUGUCGCUGGACUGGCGCAUGAAGGUCAUGACACUCGGGGAGGGCGAAAAGCUGCUCAGAGAAGCGGCCCCAGUGGUCGCGGACUGGAAUGCAGUAAAGGCUGAGGUCUCCAUGACCAACCUCGCCGCCUACAAGCUCGCUGCAGCGGAUGGCACCACUCUUCUGCUUAGCGGCUUGGGUUCCGAGGAGGCGUUCUCUGGUUAUCACAGGCAUGGGCCUGCCUGCGCUGCGGGGGAUGAGGCGAGCACGCGCGACCGGUCCCUCGGUCUGGCGCAGAUGUACCACAGGGACCUGCAGCGGGACUUCGCGCUCGCAUCGCUGACCGGGGUGCAGGUCCGCUUCCCGUACCUGGACGACGAGCUGGUGUCGCGCGCCCUGACGCUGCCCGCGGCGAUGCCUGCGUCGCAGCGGGCCGAUUUAGGUGCUGACGAUCUCGAUUCCGUUGGCGUGGUCGCGGACGGCGCCAAGAGCGCGCUGCGUGCGGUGGCGCAGUGGGCUGGCGCCCCGACGGUGGUCUACACGCGGCGCAAGCGGGCGUCGCAGUACGGGGCGCGCUCGCACCAGGCUCUGGGCCUGCUGGCGGCACGGCAGGCUUCGAGCGGCGCCGCGGAGCCAGCGGCCAAGAAGUACCAGCGGGCCAACUUCGCUAUGGGCCUGCCAGGAGCGUCGCACGGCGCCCUGGCGCUCCUGUUCACGAGUGGGAAGGACAGCGCCAACGCGCUCGUGCUGCACCGCUCGUGGCACAACCCCGUCGCCUGCGUGGUUCCCCCCCGCUGGGAGGGCGACGGCGCGCGGACGGAAGCCGGUCGCACGGAGGCGCUGGCCGCCGCCACUGCCAUCGGGGCCCCGCUCCUGGACCUGCCGGCCGCGUACGUGUCGACGAACGGCGGCGCGCCCUACGACGCCAGCUCGCUGAUGGCCGCGCUGCGGCGGGCGCGCGACGACCACGGCGUGGAGGGCGUCACGUGCGGCCACGCGCACGACCUGGGCAGGUGGAGCGCCGUGGUGGAGGCGUGCGACUCGCUGGGACUGCGCGCCUACGCCCCGCUGUGGGGGAACACGCAGGCGACGCCGCUGCUGCUCAGGAUGGCCGUGGACGGGAGCGCCCUGGUCGUGACGCGCUUCCCCGACGCCGCGGUGAUAGGCCAGCGCGUCGCGACGACCGAGGAGGCGAAGGCCCUGCUCUCGAGGCUGCGGGACGUGGCGGGGCCGGACGCGCCCGAGGACUCGGAUGCGGGCCUGCUGGACGCGGAGGUGGUCCACUGCGCGCUGCUCGGCGGCGGGGUGGGCGCCAGCGGGCCUGCCGGCGGCGGCCCGAGCGAGGCGGGGCGGCCCGGCGCGGAGCCGCUCCCAGAGUCGCCCGCGCGCGCUCUCCCGGGGCUGCACCUCGGGCCGCUGCCAGGCCACGCGCAGGCAGAACCGCUCUGGCUCAAGGGGCCAGAGGUUCGCGCGGCAGCGCACGCGCGCCGCGUGCAUGCCGCGCGGCCCACGCUCGAGGAGGACCCCGGCAGGCCUGCGAUGCCGCUGAGCGUGGAGGAGCUGGAGCGGUGCGCGGAGGGCCUGCGGGCGGCCAGCAGCGACGCGGAGGCGGCAGGGCUGCUGGCACCCGUCCUCGGCGUGCUCGGCUCCCAGGCCGAGCUGGACGCCUCGUUCCGGCGCGGCUCCUGCGCGGGCGCGGCGCAGCGCGACUACGGCGGCGUGAAGGGCGCCCUCUGCCGGCUGGUGGACAGAGACACCAACAGGUGGUUCCAACAGGUGGCCCGGGAGCUCCGGGGCGUCGCCCUGAGAGUGCUGCCCGAGCCGCCCGGCUACCUCUGCGUCUCGGAGGACGAGGGGGACGACGACGCCGGACAGGGCAGCGGGGCCUCCGCCGACGUUGCUCUCGUAGCGUGCGGGAGCGAUGCCGAGGGCGGCACGGUGUGCGACGCGCCGCGGUGCGGGUCCGUGGCCCCGGUCUCUGGCGAAGCCACGAGCUCCUCGGUCGCUUCGGCCUUGGCGCGUCCCAGCUGGGGCCUGCGGCAGCCUGGCUCCCCAAGCGGCCCUGGGCCAGCGCCCCAGCGGCAGUCCGUGGUGGCCUGGCGCCCGUGGGCGACGCGUCGAGCAGCUCCGCCCCAGCGCUGCCGCUGA